AAUGCUGGUGGGGGCCUUCUAACCCCCAGAGCUGAGCCUCUACUUUAGUCACUCCUCUUUGGUUUGAGUAGUUUUAUUCUGAAUCAUCGCGGUUUCAGCAAGUGGGAAAAGUGACAGAUCUUGACAAUUACGUCUCCAGUAUUUGCCACGUAAAGUACAAUUGUUUCCUGAAGUUGGAAUAAUUCUUAUAACUUUGGAUUAUGUAAAAACAAUCCAACAAUGGCGCCUGUUCUCGUUCUGCUCCUCUCAUUGAUCACAAGAACCUACACUUCAGACAUCACAGCAGCGGUAUUCGGAAAUGUUCUGGACGGGAUGCCAGCGGCAUUCGGAGAUUUUGAUUCAGACGAGCUAACUGACGUCUUCAUCCUCCGAAAUAAUGCAACAACCCUGGAGAUCCUCCUGGCGUCCGACCAGGAGCCCCUGCUGCGGCCGACGAACCUCAACUGCCCCUUCAAGAAUCUCGUAACCAGUGUCGUUCCAGGGGACUACGACGGUGACGUCUUCAUGGACAUUCUAGUGACAACGUACAGUCGUGAGGACUCAUUAACCCACGUUCACAUAAUUUGGGGAGGUCUUGGUCCCCUGCAAUGCCCAACCGAGUCUUUACCCAUCCUGAAAAUGCAGGGGCAACCUCUGACUAUGGACUACAACCAAGACAUGAUAAUUGACCUUUUCGGUGCCAACGAGUUAAACAACCGCACCUUCUGGAUUUUCAAUCAUAAUCGAACGAAACCCGAGGCCAUUCCCAUGAUUUCCAAUCGGGCCAUAGACUCUGAGCCCAUACGUAUGCCCCAUUCCAAUGCCUUUCUCGAUCUUAACCACGAUUACUAUCCAGAUCUAAUGAUAACAACCGCAAAUCACUUCGAGAUCUGGAACGGUGGCUCCAAGGGCUUCAGAUACUCGAGAAAAGUCGACUGGCCAAAGCAGAAGGGGGAAUCAUCCACUGGACACGUUGGACAGGUUCUCUACCUGGACGUUGAGUUGAAGGGAAAACUAGAUCUGAUAGUCCCAGUCUGCUCAGACGAGAGUUGCAAAGAGAGUUCGAUUUUUAUUUACAAUGGUGUUUGGCAGGACCUCAAGAUAAAUUUCAGAGACAAGCAGGGAGUCCUCUGGGGCUUCGUCCCCAGGUCGAAUUACAGGCGCUAUACAAAUACUAUCACCCUGCGUGGAGGAGACUUCAAUAUGGACGGCUAUCCUGACCUUCUGGCUACCCUACAGUCUGAAAAAUCGGAGAUCAAGUCGUUUUUACUCCUGAAUACACCCUGCAGCAACUGUGGAACGAUUAACAGAACGUUUGAGAUUCUCUGGACUGCCCUGAAUCCUUUCUACAAUGAAACCGUCAUGGCUGUGUUCUAUGAUUUCUACCAGGACGGUAUCCUCGACGUCAUUCUCGUCAAGUAUGAUAAGACUAAGGAUGUCUACACCACUGGGGCAUUUAAAAAUAGUCUUGAUUAUGAUGCCAAUUUUGUGAAGGUCAUGGUAUUGACGGGCCUCGAGAACACCAAGUAUCCCAUAUCUCCGGGGAGUUUAGGUAAGAAAAAGAAAACUUAUGGAACAAAUUUACCAGGUCCUUCCAUCGGGUACAACACCACUACUCAGGAUGGCAGCCCCAGGAGUGCCCUUGCAGCGCAGUUGCCACAGAGCGCACAUUUUUCUCUUAAUUUGCCGUAUACUACAUUUGGAUUGGGAAGAACUCCCAAUUUUGUGGAUCAACUCACUAUUGGAGUGGCUGGAAAUGUACGAGAUUGGCCGCAAAUAAUUCCCAACUCCCAAAUGGUUGUCAUUCCAAAUCCCAUAAAAGAGCCAUCAAGAUGGAAGGCCCAGUUAUUCGUAACCCCAAGUAAGUUAAUUCUUCUCAGUGCUGCAGCCCUGACAGCAACAUGUGGUUUAAUAUCAGCUAUAAUUGCUGGAUUGUACUGGAAAGAGAGGCGUGAGGAUAAAAUCGAAAGGCUCCAAGAAGCACACAGAUUUCACUUCGACGCCAUGUAGAUGCUCCAUUGUGAUUAUAAUUACUCAAUAUUUAAUUGUUGAAUAAAAAAGCGACUCCACUUGUA